AUUGCGGUUUGGGAAGAAGCUGUUAGCGGAGUUCAGUAAAGCGGACUUGGAUUUGUUUUGCUUGACUAUGGCGUCCGACUCCCCACGCAGACCAAGUCGCUGUGCUGGAGGGGUUGUGGUUCGAGCCCAGGCUGCGACGGAGCAGUCCUAUAUGGAAAGUGUAGUGACUUUUUUGCAAGAUGUAGUUCCUCAGGCAUACCCUGGGACUCCUCCAACAGAUGAAAAAGAAAAGAUCAGCUGGGUCCUGUUUGAAAAAGCUGACAUUAAUGAUGUGGCCCGCUCACCAGAGUUCCUGGAGAUGCACGGCAGUGGUGUUGACCCACCGUUGUGUCUGAUGAUUGGCUACUCGGAUGGAGUGCAGAUCUGGAGCGUAUCUCUUAUUGGAGAAGCCCAAGAGCUGUUUUCAGUGAGGCAUGGUCCUGUCAGAACUGCUCGUAUCCUCCCAGCCCCUCUCAUCAGUCCACUCAACACUGACAGCUUUGCUGAGAAGCGGCCCCUCCUCAGCGUUUGCAAGAGCACCGGUUCCUCGGGGACAAGCCCUCCGUAUAGCUGUGUGGACCUGUAUUCUUUGAAGACUGGAGAGAUGGUCAAGUCCAUUCAGUUUAAAACACCCAUUUAUGACCUACACUGCAAUAAAAGAAUUCUCGUGGUCAGUCUUCAGGAGAAGAUAGCCGCCUUUGACAGCUGCACUUUUACUAAAAAGUUUUUUGUCACCAGCUGCUACCCAUGUCCUGGUCCCAACCUCAACCCUAUAGCUUUAGGAAGUCGGUGGCUUGCCUACGCUGAGAACAAGCUGAUACGUUGUCAUCAGUCCCGGGGCGGGGCCUGUGGAGACAACGCCCAGUCUUACACCGCAACUGUCAUCAGUGCAGCCAAAACUCUAAAGACAGGGCUAACUAUGGUGGGGAAAGUGGUCACUCAACUUGCAGGCACGUUGCCGUCUGGAACACCUGACGAGGAGGGCACCGCUCACAGCAGCAUCCGCCGCAGCCCUCACCAGCCUGGUGUGAUCACCAUCAUAGACACACACAAUGUUGGAGAAGGACAGGUACUCGUGAGUGAAGAUUCAGAUGGAGAAGGAGUGGUUGCUCAUUUUCCAGCCCAUGACAAGCCCAUAUCCUGCAUGGCGUUCAAUCCGAGUGGUAUGUUACUGGUGACUGCAGACACAUUGGGACACGAUUUUCACGUCUUUCAAGUUUUUACUCACCCCUGGGCAUCAUCCCAGAGUGCCGUUCAUCACCUGUACACCCUGCACAGAGGGGAAACUGAGGCCAAGGUGCAGGACAUCUGCUUCAGUCCGGACUCCCGGUGGGUGGUGGUCAGCACGCUGCGCGGCACCUCGCACGUCUUCCCCAUCAACCCGUAUGGCGGGGCUCCGUGUGCCCGGACCCACCUGUCACCACGUGUAGUGAACCGCGUGAGCCGCUUCCAGAAGAGCGCGGGUCUGGAGGAGAUCGAGCAGGAGCUGAGCAGCAAGCAGGGCGGCCGUUGCAGUCCCAUAGCAGGUCUCUCCAGUAGUCCGUCCGGCUCCCCUCUACAUGCUAAACUUACCAACCAAGAUUCCUAUAACAACUUCACCAACAACAACAUGGGAAAUCCACGGCUGUCCCCUUUGCCAAGUCUGACAGUUGUGCAGCCACUGGCACAAAUCAAGCAGCCCAUGACCCUGGGCACCAUCACCAAGCGCACAGGUAAAGCCAAGCCACCACCCCAGAUCUCUCCCAGUAAGUCUGUAGGAGGGGAGUUCUGUGUGGCCGCUGUGUUUGCCUCCUCACGCUCCUGGUUCAUCACCAACCCAAACAUGAAGAGAGAGAAAGAUUCAUCCCGCCAGGCUGUCGUUGACUCGCUUUACAUUGCGAGCUGCUAUGGUAAUCUGGUGGAGCACGUGCUAGAGCCUCGGCCGAUCAGCACGGCGCAGAAGAUAGGCGAUGACACACCACUGGAGCUGAACACCUGUCCCCGGGCCUGCUGGACUCUAGCCAGAACGCCACAGUGGAACGAGCUACAACCUCCUUUCGCCAGCAGCCACCCCUUGGUGCAGGCCUCUGACUUGGUGCAGUACUAUCAGUACCUGCUGGCUGGCUUGGUUCCUCCAGGAAGUCCAGGGCCAAUCACCAGACAAGGCUCCUAUGACAGUCUGGCCUCGGACCACAGCGGCCAAGAGGAUGAGGAGUGGCUCUCUCAGGUGGAGAUUGUGACCCACACUGGCCCUCAUCGGCGAUUAUGGAUGGGCCCUCAGUUUCAGUUUAAGACCAUCCACCCAUCAGGCCAGACCACAGUCAUUUCCUCCAGCUCAUCUGUGUUGCAAUCUCAGGGGCCCAGUGAUAGCCAGCAGCCCCUGCUCGACUUCGACACUGAUGACCUGGAGCUGCACAGCCUCCGGAUUCAGCCAGUGCGCUCUGAGCCAGUGAGCAUGCCCGGCUCAUCCUGCCUGGUACCUGAGCGUGUAGGCCCAGGUACAAUCAUAGAUGGAGGCUCAGGCACUUUUGACCACAGUGUAACCCUGCUGGAGGUGUGUGGCAGCUGGCCCGAAAGCUUUGGCCUGAGACACAUGUCCUCUGUGGAUGCCACGGACGAAGGCCUGAGGGAGAGGCUGGCUGAAGCUAUGUCUGAGUCACCCAGCAGAGACAUCGUGGGCUCUGGAACAGCUGAACUGCAGAGAGAGGGGAGUAUCGAGACACUGAGCAACAGCUCGGGCUCCACCAGCGGCAGCAUUCCUCGUAACUUUGAAGGUUACCGGUCUCCUCUCCCCACCAACGAGAACCAGCCACUCAGCCUCUACCCCACAGGCUUCCCUUAAAGCCUUUCUGCUUCCUUUCCAUCCUCUCACUUUGUCCCCCUUCCUUAUUACAGGAGCCAAACCUUCUUCAGUAAUGUCCAGAUUAAUUUUGUGCUGUCAGUGUUGGCAUAUGAUUUCACUCAACCCUUUAGUGAUGAAUAAUGAAAAUCCUUCCACGUUAAGCUGCAAAUCGGGACAAGACCAGCAUGCAGGUGUUUCACUCAAUGUCUCACCUGAUCUGAUUCAUACUUGUGUUUAGCUUUGGUUGUUAAUACUUUCAGCUGCCAAUUGUCUCUUCUUUUAAAUGGGACAUUCAUGAAUAUAAAGUGCAGAAGUCUGCGUGCAUAGCCAUGUGCAUGCAUGUGCUAACAUCAACACUGGAUGCUGGUGUGUAUUCAUAUUGGAGCUUCAUGGAUGUUUAUUCACAGCAUGUUAUGUGUGUCUGGACUGAUUUCAAACUGAAGUGGGAGGUUAUGAGUUAUUACAUUUACCCAGAUGUUCCUUCAGUCCCUUUUAAACGAUCUGACAAAACAAUCUGAUAUUAUUGACUGCAUUUAUAAUUGUGUUUUAGAUUAAUAUGCAUACUUCCCUUUUAAAUGUAAAUUUAAAUGCUUUUGUGUUGUGUUUACUUCCAUUGUGUUAAACAUACAGUAAAAACAUAAUCAUCCCUUUUUGCAUAAAACAAGACAAAAACUAUUUUUCAUCUAUUUUGGCUGCUAUAUACAAAGAACAUGUUAAACCUGACUUGCUGUGAUUGCCAUUUAUGAUAAUGAUUACUAAAACUAAGAUACUAUAUAUUCACAUUCUAUAAAUAAAGAAAAAACACAAUUGUUUUGUAUAUUUGAUUUUUAUUUUGACUUUACUGUAAUAAUUCCAUUCGAUGUGUUUUUGCAAUGUAUUCAAUGUAUCUUUAUGCAAAAGUUUGGAUGCCUCGAUCACAUUCAUGUUUUGACAAUAACAGACAACUGUUACACAUAUUCAUGCAUGGUUACUGUUUAUUACAGAAUUUAACACAAUAAUAUACAUAAAAUGUCACAUUUACAGAUGGUAUGGCACAUUUUCAUAUUAUGUCUUUUUCUAAUAUGUUACAUUUAGAUAAUACAUUAAAUUGCACAUCAAACUGACAUAAAUUACCCCAAACAAAUGAUGUGUUAACUUGUUUUCACUUGACCUUAGCUUUUUUAAAUGUAUUGAUAAAUACAAGGCUGUAUCUUACAAAGAGGUGAUUAAAAUGUUUAUCUUUUACUUGUGUUUAUAUUUGUAAUCUUUGCUUGAAAAGCUCGAUGUAUUUGAGUUCUCUCUCUGAACACAUGCACACAUCAGUUUUAUCCUUGACUUUCUCUGAAUAAGAAAUAUUCUGUUGAACUGGAUGAGACAGGACAUGACAGGAUAUAAAAACAGUGUAGUGAUAUUGAUGAGGCUUUGCUGGAAUGGCUUUGAGCUCAGCUUGCAGCUUAAUGAAAGCUGUUUUGGUUGGCUCAGGCAACAUGAAGCAAAACUGUAGUGCAUGUGACCAGAAGAAAUUGUUCCCCUUGCUCACUAAAUGAUUUACAAAGGCCGGUAUAGGCCUGGCUGUACUUUCAUGAAUGCAUUGCAUAUGCUUUUUAAUAAACUGUAUUAUGCUUCUUAAAUACAAUGAAUUUCUGAUUGUUGAAUAUAAAUCCAUGCAGUUGAAAUGAUCUGUCAAAUCUGUGUUUCUUUGUGUCCGUUUACUUAAAAGGAAGAUUUGUGCAUUAUCAUUUACAAUUAAAUGGCUGUUAGGUGAUGUAAGGCUGCACAGCGAGGACAAAAAGCAUAUUGUAAUUAAAUUGCUACACGUUGCAAUAUACUUACAAAAUAUAUGAUCUUGUAAGUCUUUGAUGUCACAGCUGAAAUUAUUUCCUGUAUUAAUUAAACUGAUUCAUUUUAUUUCAACAAUUACAUAA